AUGGCCAGGGCAACUGAGCUGGAGUUGGACACGGAAGUGGCUAUGGCCAGGGCGCUGCCGGGUCAAUGUCCCAUACCGGAGACGAUUCCACUGUGUGCUGAUAGCUGUUUCAAUGAUGGCCAGUGUCCUGCCACACAGAAAUGUUGCCCAACCACCGGUGGCUUUGCAUGCAGUGAACCGCCUGGCCAGGGCGCAGGACAGGGAAGCGUCGCUGGCCAGGGCGCAGGACAGGGAAGCGGCGCAGGACAGGGUAGCGGAGCUGGACAGGGUGCUGGACAGGGAAGCGGCGCUGGCCAGGGUGCAGGACAGGGAAGCGGUGCAGGACAGGGAAGCGGCGCUGGCCAGGGCGCAGGACAGGGAAGCGGCGCGGGCGCUGGACAGGGAAGCGGCGCUGGCCAGGGCGCAGGACAGGGAAGCGGCGCUGGCCAGGGCGCAGGACAGGGAAGCGGCGCUGGCCAGGGCGCAGGACAGGGAAGCGGCGCUGGCGUAGGACAGGGUAGCGGAGCUGGACAGGGAAGCGGCUUUGGCCAGGGCGCAGGACAGGGAAGCGGCGCUGGCCAGGGCGCAGGACAGGGAAGCGGCGCUGGCCAGGGCGCAGGACAGGGAAGCGGCGCUGGCCAGGGCGCAGGACAGGGAAGCGGCGCUGGCCAGGGCGCAGGACAGGGAAGCGGCGCUGGCCAGGGUGCAGGACAGGGAAGCGGCGCUGGAGCAGGACAGGGAAGCGGCUUUGGACAGGGAAGCGGUGCUGGAGCAGGACAGGGAAGCGGCUUUGGCCAGGGUGCGGGACAGGGAAGCGGCUUUGGCCAGGGCGCGGGACAGGGAAGCGGCUUUGGCCAGGGACAGGGAAGGGGCUUUGGCCAGGGUGCGGGACAGGGAAGCGGCUUUGGCCAGGGCGCGGGACAGGGAAGCGGCUUUGGCCAGGGCGCGGGACAGGGAAGCGGCUUUGGCCAGGGCGCGGGACAGGGAAGCGGCUUUGGCCAGGGCGCGGGACAGGGAAGCGGCUUUGGCCAGGGCGCGGGACAGGGAAGCGGCUUUGGCCAGGGUGCGGGACAGGGAAGCGGAGCUGGUGCGGGACAGGGAAGCGGCUUUGGCCAGGGCGCGGGACAGGGA